GCCAUAGUGAACAAUUGGUUCCCCAUCACACUACAACACCAGUCUAUUAUUUUCGAUAGUUUGUUGUUAUGGCUAAAAGCACGUCACUAGCGGUAGAAAAAGUUCUUGCCAUUGAAGAUCUUUUAUCUGAAAUUUUGAGUCGCCUACCCAAACGAUCACUCUUUCGCUUCAAAUCAGUAUCCAAAGCUUGGCUCUCCCUCAUCAGUAAUCCCUUGUUUUCUCUGUGUCCCAAGCUUGACCCUCGAUUCAUGUCUGGACUAUUCUUGUACCCAUUUGACGAGUCCAUCAUCAACCCCAACUAUAAUCUUAAACUUGGAUUUAUCCCUCUCUCUAAUGACAAAGUCCAAGACAUUAACAAUGAUGAUGUCACGUUCAUUCCGACUCUCUCAGGUAUAAUAGUUUUGAGUUCAUGCCACGGAUUGUUACUCUGCAAUGCAUACAAUGAGAUCGAAUGUAAGAAAGGCUUUCAUGUCCUCAAUCCCACCACCAAGCAAUUUAAAACACUUCCUGAACCACAUUUGGAUGGCUUUUUUAUUAAAGGCAUAACUUUAGCCUUUGAACCAUCAAGAUCCCCUCACUACAAAGUUGUCAUCGUUUGGUGCUCUACACGUCUUUGCAACUUUCGAAUUGAGGUGUACUCAUCAGAGACUGGUUUUUGGCGAGCUUCUGGAGAACCAUUCACCGUGAAUGCCCACAUUAUGUUGUUUGGUAAUGGGGUUUAUUGGAAUGGUGCCGUUCAUUGGUGUUGUGAUUGGGGGGAUGGAUUGUAUUUUGAUGUGGAAAAAGAGCUUCUUCAAAUCAUGCCAUUACCCCCACUACCUGAAGAGUACUCCUGGUAUGAUAGGAUUGUGAGGCGCCAAAUGGAAUCUUGCGACCAUUUACAUAUUGUUGAUAUUUAUAACACUUCCACUCAAAUUAGUGUCUUUGAACUGGAAAGAGACUACUCAGGAUGGUUUGAGAAGUAUCGAGUUGAUCUUGAUAUAUUUAGAGCUUUAUCUCCUGAGGUGUUGUGGCUUGUAGAUGAAGGUCGUCUUGCUUGUGAGGUGCUUGCUGUUGGUCGAGUUGAAAGUGAUGAGAAAUCAUAUUUGAUUCUUCACAUCCCUCAGAAAAUCAUAUGUUACAAUCCAGUUUACAAAACCUUCAAGGAUAUAUCUUCCGAAGGAAUAGUCAACAAAUUGCCAUACUAUGGUGCUUAUCAGUACAUUGAGUCUUACUCUUCUGUAUGGUGAAGAAUGGGUUAAACCCUUUUACUUCUUAAGUUUGAUUUUAUGGUUAUG